UGCUUACCUUUCUUCACCUUAAAACGACGGCGUUUAAAUUGAGAACCAUCCUCUUCCGAAUCAACGCACUCAAGAAAUCCCGAAAAUUUCCUUCGUCUCAAGCACUCCCCCUUUUAAAAACCCAAAAUCUUUAUUUCAACCAUGUCGAUUCCACCCUCCUCCGCAACAACUCCUUCUUCCUCAUCAUCUUCUCAAUUCACCUACCAAACGACAACGAACUCAUCGUAUUUUCCGUUGCCGUUUCAUCUCCAGCAAAAGGCCCAACCUUAUGCCCCCCUGGCCCAACCGGUUCCGGUCGCCCCUGCUCCUGUUUACCCCGCGCCGGUCGCCCCUGUCCCCGGCGCCUAUUCUCUCCCUCAAUAUCAACAGGCUCAACAGUUAUUUCAAAGGGAUGCUCAGAUAGUUACCCCUGAAGCACUAGAGAGCGUAAAGGCCGCCCUUGCAAGCAGUGAGAUUGAGCACAAGGCAGAAACUAAAAAGAAAGCCAUCCCACGUAAAGCUGCUGGUCAGUCGUGGGAGGAUCCAACGCUUGCGGAAUGGCCUGAAAAUGACUUUCGCCUAUUUUGUGGUGAUCUUGGUAAUGAGGUGAAUGAUGAUGUUCUUUCAAAAGCUUUUGCGCGAUUUCCUUCAUUUAACAUGGCCAGACAGGUUGUUAGAGAUAAACGGACUGGCAAAACGAAGGGCUAUGGGUUUGUUAGCUUUGCUAACCCUUCUGACCUUGCGGCUGCACUGAAGGAGAUGAAUGGUAAAUACGUUGGAAAUAGACCAAUCAAGCUUCGCAAGAGUAACUGGAAGGAGAGGAUAGAUCAAGAUGCCCUUGGGAGACAAAAGAACCAAAAUCACAAAAAGCCAAAGCCACAAAAGAAAGGGAUAUUUCACAAGUGAGCAGCCGACCAAGCCUAUAGCCUUCCUCCUCUCGGACCACCAAUUGACUCUGUAUGAUUGCACCGUAAAGUGCUAGUAAUUUCUUAAGGCUAAAGUUGGGUGGUCGUAGGAUAUUUAAAACCUUUAAGAAAAUUGAGUAUACAAGCCUCACAAAGCUUAUUUUCUGCGUCAAGUAUCUUGUUCUUUUUUCAUUUUCCCCUUUAUUGUUGAUGUUGUGUUUGGGGCAAGAAUUUUCUCACAUUUGAUUUUGUUGGUUC